AUGAUGCCCAACCCCUUCCCGGCCCCAACCGCGAUUGACGACCUAAUCAACAUCUGGUGGGUACCUUUUGAGGCGGCUGCAGGUGGUUCAGACAUCGUUACGGCCAUAAACGAAAUAGAGAGCAAACUCGCUAUUGAUGGGGUGGCCCGUCAGGCCUGUAGUGUAGCGGCCGAAUUGCACGGAGCCCAGUAUCCUCCAGUGAUGGUGCCUGCGGACGGAGUCAGGUACCGGGAUGACGAACCAGCGUGCGGAGGGUGGGUGAUGGAUGGGGAUCCGGGGCCUCAUCUGUACCCGGACUCCCGUUUUCUCGCAUCGCGAGUACUAUCUGAGCCAGAUACCACCACGUCCAGGCGACUCAUUGUAGGGUUUAAUUUCGGGACAAUCAGCCCGCUGGCACGACCUUACUCUGGCGAGACUGGGACAAUGGGGGUUAACUCGGUGCUAGACAGGGUUCACAGGGGGAGGAGGUGGACCCACAAUAAACCAGACAACCACGCCCCAGCCAUGACUCUAAAGACCAUGGACUCUAUGUUCAGAGUGGCGACGUACCUGGGGCUGGUGAUUACAGAGGACAUACAGAGUGGAUUCACUUCGCCGAGAGGAGCACGUUCGUGGUUCAGGAUGUUAAGCAUGGCUCUGACAUUGCAGACGUCACUGCUAUUCGCACGUUCAGAUUUGUCGAAGCAAAUUAUGGUCUGA